AUGGCUGUUUACAGGUCACCUGUGAUCCCAAUUCACGAUGCGACGGAGUUGUCCAUCUCACAGUUCAUGACCCAAUAUAAUCCCGAUGAUGUACCUGAUUCAAAGAUUGUUCAUGUUGAGACCUUCUCCGACGAAACCAUCACAUAUGGCUCUCUACGGGAACAUGCUGGUCGUGCUGCCUGGGGCUUACAGAACAAGUUUGGAUUGCAGCCAGGCGAUACCCUACUAGCGUUGGUCAACAACUCUAAUGUAUUUGUUCAUCUGGCUCAUGCCACCUGGUGGACCGGUGCUGUCUUCGCACCAUUAAAUACAUCCGCAACUCAGGGGGAUAUCUCGCAUGUGCUCGGAAUUGUCCAGCCAACACAUGUUGUCACUAUUGAGGAGAAGCUUAGCACGGUCCAAGAUGCCCUAGCUUCUCUCGCAAUGACAAGCACCAAAGUUUUGACCGUUCGGUGUAAAGUAGACAACUUACCACAGUUCCCGGAUGAUGUGGUUGGCAAGACUGCUACAGAAAGCAUACCGCCGUACGACCUUCAAGGGAAGAGCUCCAAGGAUGUACCCAGCACAAUCUGCUUUUCCUCUGGAACAACCGGAAAGAUGAAGGGUGUCCAACUCUCUCAUUAUAAUCUUGUCAUGAACAGCAUCAUCAUGAGAGCCUCCAUGCCGGUGCGGGUCAACUCGACUGUCCGGGAGGUUUUCUUUGCGCCGUAUUGCCAUUGUUACGGGCUCAGUCUGGUGGUUCUGUCUGGCAUGUGGGUCGGAGCCCAAUAUUGCAGUCUUCCUGCCUUUGACUUGGAGACGUUUUGUCGCAAGUCCAGCGAAUUGAAGGUUACCGAUCUGCAUCUUGUCCCCCCGGUAGCACUUCUGCUUGCUACUUCACCCAUAGCUCAGAAGUAUGAUUUGGCAUCCUUGAGAAGAAUUGUCAUUUCUGCCGCCCCAUUGAAGAAAGCUGUUCAGCUUCUUCUCAAGAAGCGCCUUCCGCAUUUCACUAACGUGGAAAGGUUAUGGACUUACCGAAUGCUCGGGGGUGUUAUCCACCAGAUUGACGAGGAUGAAGAAGCCUUCGGAUGUGUUGGCAAGCUGUUUUCGGGGGUGGAAGGUCGUUUGGUCAAUCCAGUAACUAACAAAGACGUCCCUCUUGGCGAGGAAGGUGAAUUAUGGCUGCGUGGCCCGCUAGUCAUGAUGGGUUACAUCAACGAUAGCGAGGCAACAGAAAGUACAUUUUCCGACGGGUGGAUCAAAUCAGGAGACAUCUUGAAGAUGGAUGAGAAUCAGAACUUCUGGGUCACCGAUCGUCUGAAAGAAAUGAUCAAGUACAAGGGAUUCCAAAUAGCACCUUCAGAACUAGAAGAUAUUCUUCUGCGCCAUUCCGAUGUUACAGAUGCUGCAGUUUGUGCAGUCUACGAUGAUUCCCAAGCGACUGAAGUCCCACUCGCCUAUGUCAGUCUAUCGCCGGAGUCAGCGGAGUUGUCAGACUCCGAGAAGCAGAAAGUUCUCGAUGAGAUUAAGAUCUGGAUCGACAGCCAGCUGGCUGGGUACAAAAAGCUCAGGGGUGGUGUUCACCAUUUGCAAAGCUUGCCCAAGACUCCGACUGGUAAGAUUUUGAGGAGACUUUUACCUGCCAAAUUGAAUGAAACGAGGAAGGCGAGGAUCUAG